AUGGAGGGGAGCUACAGCUACGGCGGCGGCGGAGACGCUACGGCAGCGGCGGCGGUGUCGCGGGACCCCAAGCAGCGGCUGCGGUGGACGCCGGAUCUCCACCAGCGCUUCGUCCACGCCGUUGCCAGGCUCGGCGGCCCCGACAAAGCGACGCCCAAGUCAGUGCUCAGGCUGAUGGCCAUGAAGGGCCUCACCCUGUACCAUCUCAAAAGCCACCUUCAGAAAUACAGACUGGGAAAGCAAACCAAAAAAACCACGGACCUGGAACUGCCCAACGGUGGUGGAUUUAGUGGCCAAAACAUAAACUUUCCAAUCGGAGCGUCUCCUGUUGUUCCUGCUGGAUGCGGUGGCGCAAGAGAAAUGCCGCUUGAGGAUACACUCAGGUAUCAAAUUCAGGUCCAAAGAGAACUAUGUGAACAACUUGAGGUGCAGAAGAAGCUGCAGAUGCGAAUAGAGGCUCAAGGGAGGUAUUUAACGGAAAUACUAAACAAAGCUCAGAAAAAUAUUUCUUUUGAGGCAAAUGGAUAUACUGGCCUAGAAAAUACCAGAUCACAGCUCAUGGACUUCAACAUAGCCCUCCCAGGCUUGACGGAGAACGGAACACAUGUGUAUGAAGAAAACAGUGAACAUUUGAUGAAAGCCAUAUCUGAUGACAAUCUUAAUGAUAACAAUUUAGAUUUUCAGCUCUACCAUGUACAAAGUCAGCAGGCUAAGAAUGUCAAAUGCACGCCAAAAACUGAGGAUCUUCUCUUAUUAGACUUGAAUGUUAAAGGAGAACAUGACCUGUAUUCGAGAGGAAUGCAAGGAUGUGAGUCAGAUCUGAAGAUUAACCAGCAGAGAAAAUAGAGAUUUAUUUAUGCAAGCUGACAUUUUUUGGGAUUUUCAGUUUUUACUGUUAGAAUAUUUUUUCCCCGGUGGUGCAGAGGAUGCUUGGCAACAAGUUUUACUUACUCAGUGAUGACGUUAAAUUUACUGAAGAAAAUCAUGAAUGCUUGAAGCUUAUAUAGUGUAUGCAUAUGUUACGUAGAGUGCAGAUUGGACAAUGAGAGAACAUGAAACAAUCCAAUAUCAAGAUAUAUGUAUUAUUCUAAUUCUCUUUUAUAUACCACAUAUUGCAUAAUUUGAUGUGCACAGAACAUGAAACAAUCCAAUAUCAAGAUAUAUGUAUAUUCUAAUUCUAUUUUA